AUGGCUUCUUCGGCCGAUCAGUCCCAAGAGGACAGAAUCAAAGAUAUUCUAGAAGAUCUCGAUACCUACAGAUACAUCUACGAUGAUCUCCUCGCGACACGGGGCGCUUGUGAGGAAUCAGAUGAGCUUCGUGAUACCAUUAGAAAAAUGGAAGUCCAGGUUGCUGCGCUCCUUGGUGAUACUGCUCCUACUCCCCAAGCCGCCACGACACCCCAAGUUUCAUCGCUCCCUCCGCCAGUUCAGACGCCUGCGGCUGGACCUCCACGUAUGACUUCGAAUACUUUCACUGGUAUCCCCGGGGAUUCAUUUGCGUCCCCUCAUUGGCCUUCUGCUGCGCCAUCACCUUUCGCGACCGGGUCUCGCCAGUCAACCGUGCUGCCAGCUACACCAAUGAUGCAACCUUCUCCAGAUAAUUCUCGUAAACGCCAGCGUCCGCUAUCUCAUGUCUCCCCCACGAUACAGGGGUCAUCAAAAAGGAUUGCUCCCUCGCAGCCUAAAUCUCGCAGAUCCAAACUCGAUGAGAUAGAUGCUGAACAAGCAGCCCGCCUUGCUGAGAAUAACCGUUUGUACAAGCAAUGGAUUGAUGCGGCAGGCGAUGAUGCAGAUCAGAUAAAGGAACUCCGGGAAGAGUGUGAUGAGCAAGCGAAGUUGAUUGAAACGGAGUUUCAAAUGGAACGAGAUGCGGAAUUGGCUCGCGCCCUCCAAGCCGACGAGGAUCACAGGCAACUCCCCAUGGACAGAUUCAAUGGGCAGGAUUCCUGGAAUCUUCCAGAUCGCACUCAACCGGUAAAACUUGAACCUAUCUCAUCAAAAGCCGUUCAUGCCCCUCAAGCAUAUGCCCCGAUAGCCCCGUUCAAUAAACUCAAUCCAUUCAGUUCCGACGAUGAGCUUCAGGAAAUCACAGCUGAUUCAUUCAAUUCUCGAUUCGGCAAGCAGCCAGCCCGCCAAUCCGGUUCCUUCAACUACCCCAACACACCAUCUUUCCCUUCCAAUUAUUCCAGAUCGCCAUACUCAUCACAGGCGCCUCAUCCCUCGCCAAUGCCGUACCCCUCCGAGUUAACGUACCCCUCUCGAAUGCCAUACCCCUCUGAGUUGACAUACCCGUCUCAAAUGUCAUAUUCUUCCCAAUUGCCCUAUCCUUCCCAGUUAGCAUAUCCUUCCCAGCUGGCAUAUCCUUCUCAAUUGGCCUAUCCAUCCGAACUGGCGAAAGCCUCACAAGCGGCCUAUCCCUCAUCACCAGCUUCCUCGAGGCCUCUUCCCUGGAAGCGCGAGGCUCCAUACCCUCCAAUGCCGGGCGCCUUUGACAAGUUCGACAAGUUCGACAAGGCAUUUGACCUGGUUCGCAAUCAGACCGAACUAUUCGAUGACGAUGCUGAUAUAGUGGCCUACAAUGAAAGAGAGUUCCCCGAAGAUAUCAAGAACUUGCUCAGUGGAAUUAAAGACAUUCGGGAGGCAACCAGAGCAGACAAUGAGGAGACUCCAAGUGCACUUCGAGUCACACUGAUGAAGCACCAGAAGAUCGGCCUGAAAUGGAUGAAGGCGAAGGAAGAGAGCAGCCACAAAGGAGGAAUCCUUGCAGAUGACAUGGGCCUGGGCAAGACUAUUCAAGCGAUUGCGUUGAUGGUUGCUCGUCCGUUCGAAGAUGAAGACCGACGCCCGACUUUGAUCGUCGCACCAAAGGCACUUAUGGAUCAAUGGAGACUCGAAAUCCAGCGUCAUGUCAAGCCAGGCAGACAUCAAUUAUCAGUCUUGAUCUACCAUCAACGGCGCAGGCCCUGGAGGGAGCUCAAAAAGUACGAUGUCAUCAUCACGACGUUUGGUACCAUUACUGCGCACUACAAAACAUUGCUCCAGGCGGAAAAGUUGGCACAGGAAGGGCGAGACGCAGAUCUAAUUCAAGAUUUCAAAAAUUUGUCGGGUCCUCUCAAUCCCGCCGCCAAGUGGCACCGAGUCAUCAUCGAUGAAGCACAGAACAUCAAGAAUCCAAGCGCAAAAUCUUCAACAGCAUGUUGUCGGCUCAAUGCCACCUACCGCUGGUGUCUGACUGGUACACCCAUGAUGAAUCGCCUUGAAGAUUUCCAGUCCCUCUUGGGAUUCCUUCGGAUUCGACCUUACAGCAACCCAGCAAAAUUCAAGUCGGACUUUGUGAAACGCAUUAAAUCUGGCUGGGGAGGAGAGGAUGUUAUGAAGCAACUACGCGUCCUGGUUAAGUCUGUCUGUCUCCGACGUACAAAAUCCUCCAAGAUUGAUGGCGAGCCAAUCUUGCAACUCCCACCAAAGGUCACCGAGAAGGUUCAUGUUGUAUUCGAUGAGAGGGAAAGUCAGGUUUAUGAGGAGCUCAAUGCGUCCACUCAAAUGCAGAUCACCCGAUACCUUGACUCCGGCACGCUGGGCAGAAACUACAGCCAUGUUCUAGUUCUCCUCCUCCGUCUUCGGCAGGCAUGCUGCCAUCCCCUCCUCAUGCAGGAGUUCCGAAAUGAACCUGCCCCAUCUAUCCCAGGGGUUGAUAAGAUCGCUAACGCCAAGCUUCUGAGCGCUGCUGUGGUGCAACGUAUCAUAUCAAAUGACGGCGAAGAGGAUGGCACCUGCCCCGUCUGCAUGGACAGUGUAAAGAAUGCUACUAUUUACAUUCCAUGUGGACACCACGUGUGCUCGGAGUGCUGGAUCCGCAUUUCCGACUCUGCAACCGCAAACGGAGCCAUUAACCUCGAUGACGAUGGUCCAGCUGUGAUCAAGUGCCAGAAUUGCCGAGGGCCUGUGGACCCUACGAAGCUCACCGACACCAAUUCGUUCAAGCAGGUUCACGAUCCAAGCUCGCUGCCUGACUCUGCCGCCGGCCCCGUGGACACUAACGGGCCCAUUGAUGACGAUGACCCAGAAGCAACAGCGAGCAGCGAUGAGUCUGACUCCGAUAGCUCUACUGAAGGGGGCGACGACGCAACAAAAAAGAAAUCGAAAUCGAAGUCUCUAGCAGAUCUGCGAAAGGACGCCUUGAGGAACAAGGCCGAGAAGAAGAAAUACAUUCGCCGUCUUGAGAAGGGCUGGUUCCCUAGCACAAAAAUCACAAAGACGCUAGAGAUACUCCAGGCCAAUGAAGACCGCGGCUUGGAAGAGAAAACUAUCAUUUUCAGCCAGUUCACUUCUCUCUUGGAUCUUCUCGAAGUUCCACUCGCCCGCCGCGGCUGGAACCACGCCCGCUUCGACGGCAGCAUGAACCUGAAGGAACGCAACGCCGCUGUGACGGCUUUCACCAACGAUCCCUCCUGUAAGAUCAUGCUUGUCUCCCUCAAGGCCGGCAACUCUGGCCUGAACCUCGUCGCCGCCUCGCAUGUCAUCAUGUUCGAUCCCUUCUGGAACCCGUACAUUGAAGACCAGGCUGUUGAUCGUGCCCAUCGCAUCGGGCAGGUUAAGGAGGUUUUCGUUCACCGUCUGCUCAUUGAGAAUACCGUCGAGGAUCGCAUUGUUACUCUGCAAGACCAGAAGCGAGAACUAAUUAGUGGUGCUCUUGAUGAGGGAGGUACUAUGAAUGUAUCCCGGCUGGAUGCAAGGGAACUUGCUUAUCUCUUUGGUGUGAGGGACUUGUAA